AUGAUCAGCCAACAAACAGGACAGAUACAAGAUGUGGGAGAAAGAUCACCUGGUUUUGAUCGUCGCACACGAUCUUGUACUUCAAUCCUGAAAGAAAAGGGCACUCGGAGGAAGCUUGAUAGAUUGAUUGUGUGUGCAAUCUUUCUUAUCAUCGUCCUCUCCGUCUAUCUUGCGUUCGUGUUAUCAGCAACCCUUUGGGGACCUGAAGUCCAUGUUUUGUUGUUAUUUAUGAUUCUUAUCCUUGUCAUCGUGUUUUGUCAUUCCUUGAUCCGCUUUAUCAUGGCGGUCCUUCGACCCACUGGCUCCACGACACGCAUACCAAGUAUGGUAGGGCCCGCUGGUUAUGCUCAACCAGAUCGGCCGAUUCAUGUCACAUUUGUGGGUGACGAGGAGAUAUUCGCCGAAAGCCAUGUUCCUUCUCGGGAGAAGGUCACUGUUCCACCACCAGCUUAUGGUCUUUGGAGGAGUAGCGUGAGAAUCAACCCGGACUUGCUGUACUGGCAGCGGGUAGAGGGUCAUCCACCUCUCCCGGAAAGUUUUAACAGGGCUGGAAACUCGUAUGGGAAGCCUCGAAUACCUCGACCGCCGAGCUACACCUCUGAUGACGGUAUCGAUUAUGUGGUUGAAGUGCAACCGCGAUCACUCACUCAAUUCCGCUCUCCCGAAGAGCAAAACCAGCGACGGUGA